CACUGGGCUGUUUUGAUCAAUAGUGAUGAACAUGUGAAACGUGUACAACAAUAAGUCUUCAUCACACUGUACGGGGGGGAAGGGUAUACAUAACCAGAUCUGUGUCAUUAGGACAAUACUUUAUGCUGUGCCAUCACACAGCUACUUAAUAUAAAAGGCCAGGGGUACAGAGAGCCUCCAUGGAGCGACAGUCUGCCCCCACCAAUGAACAAUGGGAAAGGUGAGCCAACGUGUUUCUGAAAUACAAAAUAAAACAUGAAGUAUAAUCCAAAUGAAUGUCAUCACCACUGACUCUUGAAACUCUUAAAGAACUUCUUCACAAACUUUUUCAGAUUAUAUUCUACGAAGACAGGAACUUCCAGGGUCGCCACCAUGAGUGUGUCAGCGAUUGUGCUGACCUCCACCCAUACUUUAACCGCUGUAACUCCAUCCGGGUGGAAAGCGGCUGUUUUAUGGUGUAUGAGAGGCCGCACUAUCUGGGCCACCAGUACUUUCUGCGCCGGGGCGAAUACUCUGACAACCAGCGCAUGAUUGGCAUCAACGACUGCAUCCGCUCCUGCCGCAUGAUCCCUGUGGUGAGUUUGAGACAAAAUACACAGAUUCAUUAGAAAUAAAACUGUUAUAUAAAUAUCAGUGAUCAGGAAUGAAUAAUCAAGCCACAGAGUCAAAAUAGGACCAAAUGCAUCAGAUAAAUAACCUUAUUUUAUUUUAUUUUUUUCCUGUAAAGCACUUUGAUAGGCCACUGGCUAUUCAAAUAAAGAUGACCUUGACAUUGAUUCACUUAUUACACUUAUUACACGUAAAACCAUUGUAGGGGUUUUUUUUUUCAGAUAUGGGUUUAUCCCCCUCAACUGAGACAGUCAGUGAUCGAAUAGUCAUUUAGAGGUCAUUUGUAGUUAAAUAUAAAACUUUCAAACAUUUUUGAAAAUCAGAGUCUAGGUGUAUUUAUGGUCUUACACAGUCUUUGAACAGUCAUUUAGUCAUUUAAACAGACAGAUAUAGUAGCUAAGACGUAAGCUAUGAAAAACAAGGCAGGGAAAUUUAAGUAUAAAUAGAUAAACCUAGCUGCGUGGUGGAGCAGUAAUAUUUCCUCACAGCAGGAAUGUUUCUGGUUUGAAUCCCUGGCCAGACACUCUUUGUAUGCUAAUGUCAAGUGUCUUUCUGCUCUUUGACUGUUGAGUGUCUCUUUGACCACUGAAUGCUAACUGACCUCCUGACCUUUGAAUGCCAAGAGACCGUCUGACCUUUGAAUGUUUGAGCAUCUCACUGGUUUUUGAAUUUUGAGUUCCUGACCAACUUUUGAAUACUGUGUCCUGCAGCAUCGAGGUUCCUACAAAAUCAGACUGUAUGAGCGUCCUGACAUGAGCGGACAGAUGCAGGAGGUUAGCGAUGACUGCCCCAAUGUGCAGGACCGCCUGCGAAUGUCUGACAUUAACUCAUGCAAUGUGGUGGAUGGCCACUGGCUGCUGUACGACCAGCCCAACUACAGGGGCAGGACCUACUACCUGAGGCCCGGGGAGUAUCGCAGGUACAGCGACUGGGGUGGAGCCAGCCCAAGGAUUGGCUCGCUCAGGCGAAUCACCGACUUUAACUAGACG